CUCGCCAGUCUUUGCACGCCCGCGGCACGGACAGUGUCGACCCGUUGCGAUGUAAACGCCUAACCCUACUCUACUGUCUACGACGACAGCUACUGCUGCGCGAAAGUUCACGUUUUGCCGACUCUACUUGUGUACCCGUAACUUUGUUAAAGUGCUACCAUCCGCCCUUAUUGGACGCAUCUGGGCAUUUCUUCUGUGGCGACAUUGAUGGAGUUCCGCUUGGACAGCGCGGAGUACUGCCAGGCCCAACACAAAUAAAGUGCGGGCGUGUGAGCGAGAGCGCAGCGAGCACCCGCGAGACCCAUGCUGCCGGGAGCGCGCCCAGACACCCCAUACACACGCUAUAUGUUGCUCAUACACCCACAGCUUCCUUAAAUCCGAAUCCCGCUGCUGAUCGGAGGAUAUCAUCACUCUCAGUUGCCGGAGUUCAACCGAAGAGGAAUAGAAACAAAACAACUUAUGUUACGCGGCUGAUUCCUUAUUAAUUUUCGAUCCCCAUUCUGUACCUUCGUUUGUCUGUCUUCGAAUGUGCUCGUGCGUUUGAAGGCGACAUCCAUGCGGGUGGUUUUCAUUAUAUAAUUGGACCCUUUUUAAAGAAAAACCUCGAAACUGAAGUGUGUUGUGUGGAAAUAGAGUGACAAUUUGCCUGUUAGACUCUGACGGAUACCUGCACGUUCUGUCGCGAGUGAAGUGAGGCCACCAGCUCGGUGUGGGACAUCGUAUCGUAUCGGCCGCUGAGACACGCCCGCGACCGCCAUGAAGCAGAAGGACAUCCGCCCGGCGCCCUCGCUCAUCGAGUACAAGAGCAUGCGCUUCCUCAUCACCGACCGCCCCUCGGACGUCACCAUACAGUCCUACCUGCAGGAGUUGCGUAAGCACAACGUGUGCACGGUGGUCCGCGUGUGCGAGCCGAGCUAUGACACGGCGCCGCUGCGUGCGGAGGGCAUCGAGGUGCGUGACCUCGCCUACGAUGACGGCACCUUCCCGCCCCCGAAUGUCGUCGACGACUGGUUCGAGAUCCUCCGCGACAAGGCUGCCAACAAGCCGGAGGCGGCGGUGGCGGUGCAUUGCGUGGCGGGGCUGGGCCGCGCGCCCGUCAUGGUGGCCAUCGCGCUCAUCGAGCUCGGCAUGAAGUACGAGGAGGCCGUCGAGACCAUACGCGAUCAGCGUCGCGGCGCCAUCAAUGCUAAGCAGCUGUCCUACCUGGAGAAGUACCGACCCAAGUCGAGACUGAAGAAGAACGGGCACAAGAACUCGUGCUGCGUGCAGUAGCGGCAGCCGACCGAUAGCCGACAGCCGCAGCCGACAGCCGACAGCGAAUGUAGCUCUGCUUUCACACACACACUGACACACGGAGCACAACCAACUAGUAUAUAACGAAGCCACACCCCCUUCUGUUCCCUCACGACGACGUCGACACCAGAUAUAUAAUUAACACAUAAGCCCAACUUCAGUCUCCCAGUUAGGGCAGGGAUGCAAGAAUUUUUUGCUAUGGUUUUAAUUUUUUUAAUUGAUUAAACGUCGACUAAUUGUGUUUAUAAAAACAAUAUUAAAUAUUUUCGUUGACAAUUUAUAUCAUGUGGAAACUUCAUUUAGUUUUUAAACAUUAAUAUUUUGGUUAUAAAAUAUCGAGCAUCCCAAAUAGCAGCAAUUAGGUUCCGACCGCGUCGCUCCGUCUUCAAUAUUUUCACUUUUUCUAUGAAUUUUAAUUACGAUUAUAAACGUUUGUAUGUCCAGAGGUGUAUGGUCCGUGUAUGGGCCGUGUUGGGUAGUGUUGGGCCGUGUAUGGCGGCCUCGUGUGACGCCACACAUUGUGUUCAGCGACCGCUCGCUCCGGGACUCCGCAUCAUAAUAACUGCAAUAACCAUAAUAACGAUUGAGUCAGAUUCGCCUUUACUUAAUUUUCGAUUUUAUUAUUCCUUUGUGUGUUGACAUGACGAUUUUCCUUUCUAUUAUUUUAUUAUUUCAUUUAUUGAGACUUGUUAUUAAUAAAAUGUGACAUAAUAGACGAUGAUAAAAUAUUUUGUGUUCCUUGAUAUUGAUUUUAUUAUUGCCAUCGAUCGUGGAUAUACAUUUUAUGUUAUGUGCUUUUGUGAUGAUAUAAUAUGAAUUAGAUUUUUUUCGAUGCCGUGUAUAUUUAUAUAGUAAUCGAAAUACUUCAACCUUUGACUACGAUGCUAACUUAACUCCGCAAAAGUUCCGACGAGAAAUAGCUAUUUGAUAUUAUUUUUCUAUUUCUAAUUUUAUGAUGUUUAUCGAAAUAUAUGAUUGUGUAACCACGGAACAGCCACAUUCAUGAAUAAAAAUAUUUAUAAGCAAAGCAAA